UACAGACAUGAUGAUGAUGCAGUGAUGGAGGCGGAAGCAUUCGAAGACAGGACGUCAAUGAUUAAGGCGAGCGAGAAAGUUCAACUUUAGAAUGAACUCUGUGAGCAGUCAGGAGUUGAUGUGUAUCUUAGAGGGAUCAGUUUUUUCAACAAGAGACUGGAAUAAACCUGUUCAAAUGAGAGCUGUCAAAUGUUCAAAUUUAAUCUGAUUAAUUACAAUGUAACUGUGGAUUAUUGGUGAUUAUACAUGAUGAUUCCACUUUGACACAUUGUAUCUUUAUAUCUCUGUUAGGUACGGAGCUGUGUUAUUAUAAUAUGAGUUUUCUAUUUUUAAAAAGUUAAUUAUGUUCAUUAAAUAUAACAAAAAUAAUUAAGUAUAAUUAUUCAAGCGACACUUGAUUAACAAAUCUUCUGACUUGACGUGUUGUUCAUUAUGUAAAUAGUCAGAUUACCCUGUAGGGGUCGGUAAAACGUCUUAAUCUUUAUAAACAUGAACAUUUCUGCAGAUAGAUACGAAAAGUUGAGUCUGUGACGCCACAAUUCAUAUCGCAUCUGUCUGAAAAAACUGCUGAGACAAACAGGUCAAUUUUGCAAAAAAAUCCACUGGAUGGCGACAUAACACCAGUUCAAUAACACCUAUACAAGGUCGCUGAAUCCACAUUCUCUCUCUCUCUUCCAUUCACACUCACACACACGAACAAGCAUAGACGCACGCACCUUCAUUCCAUUUCUCCACCUGCACGGAGACGUUGCAAAAGCCUCCAAAUGCGCCCGCAGUGUUGGAAGAAGAGAGCAGUAACAAAUCACAUCCCCGCGUUAAUCCAGAAACUAUGAGCGCUGCUGCCGCGGUGGAGCUGUGUCCGGCUGCUGCGUGGCUCUGGAGGUUUGGAAGUUACGGGUCAGAGCCGCUGGACCAGCAACUUUUAUAGACUUUAAAGUCCGCCACGAAGUGGUCCUGCAGCCCGAACUGAGACCUGUUAGAGUCCGCUCCAGGAUUGUACGCGUGCAGAGAUUUUUAAACAUCAACAGCAGCGGUUUCUACAUCUGUGCGUCUUGGAAAAAGAAGGAAAUGCUACGUAUUUGAGUGAGAAGACGUCCUUGGGUUUAUAUUUCUGUCCGACAAUGGAGAGGAAAUGAAAGGGUCUUUUCCUGGGGAUUACUGAAGGCACAACGACAGGAUGCAGAAGAGGGAGCUGCAGAGCAUGUGCAGAAGGGUGUUGGUGCUGACCAUCUGCAUGGUCUCUCUAUGGGGACAGCUGACCAGUGCAUCGUCACACAGAAGUCACAUAGUUCACGUGAAGGCAGGGACCUGCGAGGUAAUCGCUGCACACCGCUGCUGCAACAAGAACAAGAUCGAAGAACGAUCACAGACUGUCAAAUGUUCCUGCUUCCCUGGACAGGUGGCUGGAACAACGAGAGCAGCUCCGUCAUGUGUAGACGCAUCUAUAGUAGCACAGAAAUGGUGGUGCCAGAUGCAUCCCUGCAUGGACGGAGAAGAAUGUAAAGUUCUACCAGAUUUCAAAGGUUGGAGCUGCAGUACUGGGAACAAAGUAAAGACAACUAAGGUCACACGAUAGUCAUCUGUGUCCAGGAUAAUUCAUUACAGAACCAAGCAUGACAGCGUCGACUAAAUGGAUAACGUGGCUUCUGAGAAUUUGGAAAUAAAUCAAGAAUGAACAAAAACACCACUCAUGGACCUUCCUUUUGGAAAAUGGAUAUAAGAAAUCCAGGGAUCGAAGAUGACUCACCCUUCAUGAUUCCUGACUUUUUACUCUGGACAACAGUUCCUUUCACUGACUCUUUAUGCAUAACAAAUCUCUGUUUGUAUUAUAGUUUUGGGAAAACUCCACCAUGAAGUUAACUAGUAAAUACAAGACUGGCCAUGUUAUCAUGUGAUGUGAAGUCUUUGUGCUUUUUUUUAUUGUCACAAAGGAUCCUGGGACUCCAUGUCUGCUACAUGUCUGUGUGGAAUGUUCACUGGGAUUAGAACCUUUUUUCAUUCCUUUCAGCCUUAACGAUCAGUUUCUUCUCAUAUUGAUUCAUAAACCAUGAGUUGUUUGGCUUUCUUAGGUAUCUUAGGACACUGAGGCUUCUGUUUUGACUGACAAAAAGCAACACUACAAUCAAGAACACAGCCGUGAAAAAAAUGUAAGUAUAUUUGACUGCAAUUCACUAAGGAGCAACACAAAUGACUUCUGGAAAAUUAUUUUACUCUUAUUUGUUGUUUAUAGAGCUUGGUGAUAACCAUUGUUUACAAAUGUCAGUAUUAUCUCAAUAAAUUUAACUCUAUAGAUAUAACUUCAUGGAAAGAUGUUUCUUUUAACUUAACACUGGUAACCCUAACCCCAAACCCUUAUACCCAAACUAACUCUUAACACAAUCUUUAUUUUAAUAAUACUUUUUCAUGUCCGAUACCAA